GGAGCCCAGUGUGGAGCUGCUUGGGGCUGCUCGGGGCGUUUGGGUCUCAAGCACUGCCUGUCAUCCUGAGGAUCUGCAUUUACACCCAGAACGCAGGAGGCUGGAGGCACCAGGCUGGGUAAGAGAAACUAUUUCCACUAAUGCUUUGUUUUUAACUGAAUCCACAGCUCUAUUUGCCUAUUGAAGGAGUUCAGGCUGCUACCAGACUGCUGCUGCUCUGGACGUGGGGCUUCUGCUCAGGGCAUGGAGAGCUUAGAACAUCACAGUUCCCGUCAAGGAGCAAUUUGUGCCCAGCUUACUGAUGGGCUGCGCUUCAUCUUAUUUCUUUGUGGCACUGUGGCGAGCACUGUGUAGGCAGGGUUGUACUGGGUGAGCACCAACCCCUGGCCCGGCUGUGUAGGAGCAGCACUGGUCUGCUCUGCACUGAUCUGCGGGAUGGGAGCGGUAGGGAAGGGUUUCCUGUCUAUCUCUAAUCACUUCGAGCUGCUGGGCUCAGGGGAGUGCUGCAGGACUGCCACGGCAGGUAGCAGGGGUGAGUGCAACGUUUGUUGCAGGACGAACGCAAAGCUGUGGGGGCACACACGGGCUGUGCUGGCUGCAGCCUGGCUGUGGGAUUGGGAGUCCCCACAUUUGCAUGGAGCCCUCUGGUUUUUAGCUGAAUCACCAACUCGUUCCUUGGCUUUCUGUGCUUCUCACAGGGGUGACUGAAGCAGGACGGCCAAGCCCUUCCCCCUUUGUGUGCUCUUCCUUGCCAGUAACCCUUCCCAGGCAGCCAUUUGCUGUAAUGCUUUUGGGCUCCCUCCAGCUGAAGCGUGGAGUGUGGGCAGUAGGAAAGGGAGCUGCUGGGGGAGCAGGGCAGCUCCCAGCCAGCGGUACAGCAUGCGGCCCUGGGGGUCUCACAUUUCCCUCCUGCUGUGUGCGUGCACUGGGUAUGCUGGGGGCCCAAGGAGCUGAUACAUCAGAUUGAAGGGGCUAAGAGUGUAAAAUCCCACAUCCCCUCCAAACGGAUGGAAUCUAAAGCCAGGACGGGCUGUGGGAUGCUCAGCACCAACCACAGGGCAUGCAGUGCAGCAGUAUGGGGCUGAGUGCUUGGUUGACCCUCCUGCAGGAGUUGGAAGUGGGGAAGAGUGGUGCUUCCUGCAGUGCUCCCAACUGUCUGAGUGCUUCCCUUCCUCCUGCCUGCCGUGGUGCUUGCAGGGUCAGUCUAUUUGACUUCCCACCCAUUUCAGGCUUUGCCUUCCGUGGUGCUGCAGCUGUUCCAUGCAUCUGUCCUUCACCUUCUUGCAACAGUAUGUUUGUUUUUACCACUCAGCGUGGCUGUGUUCUGAGCAAGAACAUCUUGUUGUGCGUGUCCUCUUGCAGUGCUUGCUGCUGUACUAAUAGUGUGUGCUGGAGAGGGCCCCCAGGGCUCAGAACAGCCAAGUGCCAAAUGAGGUAAUUUCUGUUUUCAUGGAAGAGCUGCAGCCCAGAUGAAGUCACAGACUGGUCCGCGUUGGAAGAGACCUCAAAGAUCAUCCAGCCAUUGCACAAGAGCACAGGCAGGGGGUUGUGAAAGAGCCCGGAGCUCCCCACGUCACCCCGUGCUGCCCUGCUGGGUGCUGGCAGCUCCAGGGGUCAUUAAAAGAAACCUUCAGUUUUGCCACUGAUGGGGCAGCACAAGGUGACUGCAGCAGUGGGCACAUGGGGUCUCUCCCCCUUCCUGCCCCCAGAGGAGCCAUGGGGACAUGAGCAAACCCAUCGGGAAUCACACGGAGGGUAUCUCAAGGCUGCAGCACUUAUCAGCCCUAGGGUGGCCGGUAACGGGCUGCUGGGAUGUAUAUCCCCUGCUUGAGCUUCCUGCAUCAGCAGUUAGAACAGUGCGAGGCUGAGGUGGGCCUGAAAGCACAGCUGGAAAUAGAAAGGGCAGAAGAGCUCAGGGGAAGGAAGGAAACAGAGCUGGAGAAGGAGGUUCCUCCAGGAAAAGGGGAAGGGAACCAUCCAAAGCACUGUGUCUGAGGGCGCUCCUCUUCCCCAGGAGGGAGCAGGGCAGGGUCUGCACAAAGCAAAAAUGGGAUUGCAGUGCAGAGCAGACUUUGGCAGCUUCCCCAUAGAGUGAUCAGAGCUUUGGUCCGUGUGUUUUUGCACCAGCUUGUCAGGGCUGCUUAAAAAAAGGGCACCCGUUGCUCUAGGAAAGCAGUGUUUUCAUUGUGCUGUUUCUAAAAGCAGGGUGUGCUCAGAGGUGUGCUGCCCUGCUCGGGCUGUCCUGGUCCAUCCCACAGCUGCACUACAGGAGGGUGAUGGGAGAGGACAGUGAGGGUCCCGAUGCUCCGGUGCUGCCUGGGCUGGGGGCUCUGGGGGCUCCCUGGGCAGGCGGGCACGCACUCAGCACUCUCUCUGCUUCCAGGACAAUGCAUCUCUUCAUGGUGUGUCUCUUCGGCCUCUGGGGCAUGGCAUCCCCUGCACCCUAUGCCGUGGAAGACAUUUGCACUGCAAAGCCCCGUGACAUCCCAGUGAACCCCAUCUGCAUCUACCGCAACCCUGAGAAGAAGCCCCAGGAAAGCGAGGUGCUGGAGCCGGGGAAGGGCAGGAUCCCGGAGUUCACAAACCCCCGCGUCUGGGAGCUGUCCAGGGCCAACUCGCGCUUCGCCGUCGUCUUCUACAAGCACCUGGCCGACUCCAAGGACAAUGAGGAGAACAUCUUCCUGUCGCCCCUCAGCAUUUCCACAGCCUUUGCCAUGACCAAGCUCGGGGCGUGUGGUGACACCCUGCAGCAGCUCAUGGAGGUCUUCCAGUUUGACACUAUUUCAGAGAAGACAUCUGACCAGGUCCACUUCUUCUUCGCCAAGCUCAACUGCCGUCUUUACAAGAAAGCCAACAAGUCAUCAGAGCUAAUAUCAGCAAACCGUCUCUUUGGAGAGAAAUCCUUGGUCUUCAAUGAGACUUACCAGAACAUUAGUGAAAUAGUUUAUGGAGCCAAACUCUGGCCGUUGAACUUCAAAGAGAAGCCAGAGCUUUCCAGGAAGAUCAUAAACGAGUGGGUAGCCAAUAAGACGGAGAGGCGCAUUACAGAAGUGAUCCCAGAAAAAGGUAUCGAUGAUCUCACUGUCUUGGUCCUGGUCAACACCAUUUAUUUUAAGGUACGGCUAACAAAGCUGGAGGGCAGCCAGUUUCCCAGGGGCAGCCAUGGGCACUGGAAGUCGCAGUUCCCAGCUCCAAACACGAGACUGGAUUUAUUUCACAAAGCCAACGGUGAGACCUGCAAUGUCCCCAUCAUGUACCAGGAGUCCAGGUUCCGCUACGCGUUCAUCCAGGAGGACAAAGUCCAGGUGCUGGAGCUGCCUUACAAAGGGGACGACAUCACCAUGGUGCUGGUCCUGCCCAAAGCUGGCACACCGUUGGUGGAGGUGGAGCGAGACCUGACGUCGGACAAGCUGCAAGACUGGAUCGACUCUAUGAUGGAGGUCUCCCUUACUGUCUCCUUCCCCCGCUUCCGUGUCGAGGACAGCUUCAGUGUCAAGGAGAAGCUGAGAAAAAUGGGGCUGGAAGAUCUCUUCAGUCCAGAAAAUGCCAAGCUGCCAGGUAUAGUUGCAGGGGACCGCACAGACCUGUAUGUAUCUGAGGCUUUCCACAAAGCCUUCCUUGAGGUGAAUGAAGAAGGCAGUGAGGCGUCAGCAGCAACAGCUGUUGUUAUCUCUGGCCGUUCCUUCCCCAUGAACAGAAUUAUCUUUGAAGCCAACAGGCCCUUCUUGCUCUUCAUCCGGGAAGCCACCCUCAACACCAUUAUAUUCAUGGGCAGAAUAUCUGAUCCUUGCUCUUAAAGGCUGCCCGGGCCUCACCUGUCCCCUCUCUGCCCCUGGGAAAGGGGCGGUAGGGCACUGCCAUGCAGCCCAGGUUGUGCUGGGGUGGCUGUAUCACUGUUUGGUGCCAGCUGCAGGGAGGGGCCGUCCUUCUCCUGCUCCAGCCCUCACUCAGAGGAAGCUGAUUUAUUUUUUUUUCCCUGGCACUGGUAUUUUCAUGGCAGCCAGACCCGAGUCCAGUAUCACUGGCAUUCUUGUAUCCCAACCCCUCCUCCCUCUCAGGCAUCAAACUGUAACUCUGAUUCCCCAGUACGUUAAAGCCUAUAGAUCUGUAUGGAAUAAACUCGUCUCUGAAUGGACACUUUUCACUAAGUCACUUCCUAGGCUUAACCUUCCCUUUCUCAAUGAAUAUGCACUUUCCCACGCUCCUCAGUCGCAGCAGCAACGGAGCAGCAGCAGCCAAGCAAUCAGUGCUGGGCCAGGGCCGUCUUCUGCAGCUCUGCAGUGAACAGCUGGUGGGUGGUGGAGCUGCCAAGCACCGGAGCUCUGCUUCCAGCAGCCCUGGUGUGCCUGCUGUGCCCAAGUGCUGAACUAGUGAAAGCCUCGCUGUGUAGCCAAGGCUGUUCAGGCUGUUUGUCUGAGUAGUGAGCUUUAAACGAGCUCCGUCCUCUGAGAAAUCUGCAUUUACGGCUGGAGUUUAAAAUAACAAAGGCAGUGAAAAGACACAGUCUUGUCCUGCUGUUGGUUACAGGUUCCAGAAGAGCUGAGUGCAGACUGCUGCUGACACCCCAGUGGGGGGCAGUCCCCGGGGUGCCUUUUGCUCUGGAUUUCGUAGGGCAUCCGUGUGGCCUUUCUAGUAGUGCUCUGGACUGUGGACGCUGAAGAUGGUGAGAAAGGAAGCAGCUGGGAAAGCUGGGCAGGCUCACCCCCAUCACAGCCACCCACGGUGUGCAGGUGCCUGACCUGGCUGGGAGGAAACACCGCUAGCCAGGAACAGUCGGCUGCAAGAGACAGGCACAGGGCUGAGUAUUAAACCAUUUAAUUCUCAAACCA